UAAGUGAGAGUUGCUCACACAAACAAAAAUUGCUAGCAAUAAAUUUAAAGUAACCUCAGCUGUGCCGCAGCGAAAAUACUAACAUAAAUCCUUCAAGCGUGUAAACCCCUCUGGAAAUCACUGAACAUGGGUCAGAAUAAUUCAAAAACCACAGACAAGUCCGAUAAAAAAUCAAAAUUACCUGUAAAACCAACAAAAAUUAAAUUUAAAGUCUCAAACAACAGCUCAGUACGACUCCCAUUUCCGGUUACGUGUAACCCACGUCCACGAAUCGGCGAAGACUUCCAUGAUUACGUAUCCAGAACAUGCGGGAGUGCUUAUGUGACUGACUUUGUUUACAACUUACGGACUAUAAGUUCAAUGCAUUCUAAUUUAUUUCCGGAGCCUUAUCCCGAACGAUUAUCGCCAGAAAACAGGUCAGUAGAAAUGUUGAAUAUCAUUUGUGAUAAGAAAAGUAGUCUGCUUAAAAAGUCCUGUAGAAAAUAUAUGAUAGAAUGCCGCGACGUGAUGCAUCAAAUGUUACCACUAUGGAAAAAGGGACCGGAACCAGGUGUAGAUACUUUUACAUCAAAUAAAACUAGUGCAGGCUCCAGCAUAGAAAAUAAAUCUACCGCGGGAAAAGCUAGUCUUGCAUGCUCAGCCAUUCAGCCCACAGCCCCACCGCCAUACGAAGAUGAGACCGAAUUAAUAGUUGCUGCAGCAGCCGCAUGCAAACAACGUCAGCGCUUUGAUCCAACCAGCUUAAAAGACAGUGACACAAAACCUGAAUCACAUGCAACGGGUCUCAGCCACCUAAUUGAACAAGAUCAGGAAAAACAAUAUAUACGCCGCGAGGAAGAAUUAGCAGAACAUAGAAAGAGAGAAAAACUUUUGAAAGAAGAAUGUGAGGAACUUAUGAAAAACAAUUUAGACGUCUAUGAAGAAAAACUUUUGCAUCAGGCAGUGUCCACAAUAGACACCCACAUGAAACGCCAUGAUUUCGUAGCUAGAGGUUUAGAGGUAGCUAAAGAAAUACCUGUUACCCGAACUUUAAUAAAGACUUAUCUAAAAGAAAAAAAGGAAAAACAAAGCCGGAAUGACAAAGGUCCUCACGCCAACACUCGCGGUAGUAAACAAACAGACCCAAAGCAUGAUAAAGCAUCCACAACUGCAGAGUUUUUGUGGGUAAAUAAUGACAAAGUCGCCGAUUUCUUUAAGAAUCUAAAGAAAUUCCUGCUCACAAUGUCCAGAGACAAAAUUGACUUAAAUGCAGUAACUAUGUGUAAACAGAAGCCUGAUGAAUCUAUCCUAGUAUUCAUAAAACGCUUUAUGCACUGUUGGACUGAUGAGGCAUGCAUGCCAGAGUAUGGUAAUGAUCAGAUUUUCAUCACCACCUUUUUGAACAAUAUCCACCCAGAAUGCUCUCAGUUGCUAAAAAGAACGGCACGACCUGCACAGGUGUACUGGCCCAAGAGCAUGGCAGUGGCUACCGUCCAGUAG